AUGGCGGCAUUGUUGGUGUUAGCAAAUGCCAGAGAGGACGCCGCCGCGACACGAAAAUUGAUUCAGAAAGAAGCACAGGAAGCAAGAGCGUAUGGCAACUAUGGAGACAAUAGCAAAGAGACCGUCGUAGACAUCGAAGAUAGCGAGAAGAAACAAUACUAUGAAACGAACUACGAUACCAACGCUUACGGGUUUGGCUACGACGUCGGUCCCAACGGCCAGUUCCAUCACGAGAACCGCGGCCCUGAUGGUGUCACAUACGGCUGCUACGGUUACAUCGACCCAGACAACUAUCUCCGCGUGACACACUACGUCGCGGACAGCCACGGCUACAGAGUUGUGGAGCCGGGUAAACCAGUUGAAGUCUUUCCGGAAGAUCCAUCACAAGAAUACGAUGAAAAUAAUGUUACCCCGAGUCCGGAACCAGGACAAUUAGUACCAUGGGACAAGUUGUAUCUGCCCAAAGGAUGUGGCCGAACACCAGGAGGUGUCCCUCCGAUUCCUCCUCCUCCGAAACCAAAACCGAAACCGAAACCGCAACAGCCCCGCCCACCAACAGACAACACAGGACAAAAUAGCAACCCGAACCCCGGUGUCGUCUACCCUGGACAAGGCGGUUACUACCCAGGAACCGCAGGCACGCCAGGAAGCCCGGGUACCCCCGGUUCACCAGGAACUCCCGGCACACCUGGCAGCCCCGGUGGACCAGGUGGGCCAGGUGGGCCAGGCGGCCCCAGCGGUGGAUAUUACCCUGGUGGCGGACCUAAUGGACCAGGUGGCCCCAAUGGACCAGGUGGCCCCAAUGGACCAGGUGGCGUGAAUGGACCAGGUGGCCCCAAUGGACCAGGUGGCCCCAAUGGACCAGGCAGUCAAGGAGGCUCUUCCCGGGUUCACCUGGCACACCAGGAAGCCCUGGCGGCCCUGGUGGCCCUGGAGGUCCAGGUGGUCCUAGCGGCCCUGGUGGGCCUAGCGGUCCUGGUUCAGCCAGUUACUAUCCAGGACAAGGAGGACAAGGAUCUGGUGGCAACUAUCCCGGCUCUCCUGGUACUCCAGGAUCUCCUGGUACCCCUGGCGGCCCUGGUGGCCCUGGAGGGCCUGGUGGUCCAGGAGGCCCAAGUGGUCCUAGCGGACCCGGUGUUCCGGGUAGCCCUGGUUCUAACGGUUAUUACCCUGGCCAAGGCGGACAAGGAACUGGCACUCCCGGUAGCCCGGGAACACCUGGAAGUCCUGGUAGCCCUGGCGGCCCUGGUGGCCCCGGAGGUCCAGGUGGUCCUAGCGGUCCUGGUGGCCCUAUCGGUCCUGGUUCGGCUGGCUACUAUCCAGGACAAGGCGGACAAGGUACUGCUGGCAGCUAUCCUGGCUCUCCUGGUACUCCAGGAUCUCCUGGUACCCCUGGCGGUCCUGGUGGACCCGGAGGCCCUGGUGGUCCGGGAGGCCCAGGGGGUCCUAGCGGCCCCGGUGGCCCUAGCGGUCCUGGAUCAAGCGGUUACUAUCCUGGCCAAGGCGGACAAGGACAAGGUGGCUACUACCCAGGUAAACCUGGCGCUCCUGGAACUCCAGGAUCUCCUGGUACUCCUGGCGGUCCCGGUGGCCCUGGUGGCCCUGGAGGCCCAGGCGGUCCUAGCGGCCCCGGUGGACAAGGUGGUCCGAACAGACCUACUGCCCCUACUGGUCCUGGUGGGUAUUACCCCGGAACACCCGGUUCCUCUGGCACUCCUGGCACACCUGCCACACCCGGCGGAACUGGUGGACCAGGCAGCCCAGGCGGUUACUAUCCCGGACAAACAGGUGGACAAGGGCCUAGUGGACCAGGAGGAUAUAAUCCUGGGCAACCCGGUAAACCAGGAUCUCCAGGAUCACCAGGCUCACCUGGCGGACCCGGUGGACCUGGUGGCCCCGGUGGGCCUGGCGGUCCAGGCGGACCAAGCGGCCCAAGCGGACCAAGCGGUUCAAACACGGGUCCGGGCGUACCAAGUGGAUCUGGUGGACAAGGAGAGAAACCAACAAAGCCUAUCCAGCCAGGACAACCAGGUCAACCCGGAUAUCCAGGACAGCCAGGACAGCCAGGUCAAUCUGGUGGUGCAGGACAACCCGGAUUCCCAGGACAGCCAGGACAGCCAAGACAACCAGGACAGCCAGGCAAACCAGGACAACCCGGAUUCCCAGGACAGCCAACUCAACCAGGUCAAUCUGGUUACCCAGGACAACCAGGUCAAUCUGGUGGUCCUGGACAACCCGGAUACCCAGGCAAACCAGGACAACCCGAAUUCCCAGGACAGCCAGGACAACCAGGACAAUCUGGUGGCCCAGGACAGCCAGGACAACCUGGAUACCCAGGACAGCCCGGUCAAUCUGGUGGCUCAGGACAACCAGGACAGCCCGGAUUCCCAGGACAGCCAGGACAGCCAGGCAAACCAGGACAACCCGGAUUCCCAGGACAGCCAGGACAACCAGGUCAGCCCGGAUACCCCGGCCAGCCAGGACAACCAGGUCAAUCUGGUGGCCCAGGACAGCCAGGACAGCCUGGAUACCCAGGACAGCCAGGACAGCCAGGCAAACCAGGACAACCCGGAUACCCAGGACAGCCAGGACAACCAGGUCAAUCUGGUGGCCCAGGACAGCCAGGACAACCCGGAUACCCAGGACAACCAGGACAGCCAGGCAAACCAGGACAACCCGGAUUCCCAGGAGAGCCAGGACAACCAGGUCAAUCGGGUGGCCCAGGACAGCCAGGACAGCCCGGAUACCCAGGACAACCAGGACAACCCGGUCAAUCUGGUGGUCCGGGACAACCCGGAUACCCAGGACAAACAGGACAACCAGGAUUCCCAGGACAACCAGGACAGCCAGGCAAACCAGGACAACCCGGAUACCCUGGACAGCCAGGACAACCAGGUCAGCCCGGAUACCCCGGCCAGCCAGGACAACCAGGUAGUGCAGGACAGACAGGCAAACCAGGACAACCCGGAUACCCAGGACAGCCAGGACAACCAGGUCAAUCUGGUGGCCCAGGACAGCCGGGACAACCUGGAUACCCAGGACAGCCCGGUCAAUCUGGUGGCUCAGGACAACCAGGACAGACAGCCAGGACAACCAGGACAAUCUGGUGGCCCAGGACAGCCAGGACAACCUGGAUACCCAGGACAGCCCGGUCAAUCUGGUGGCUCAGGACAACCAGGACAGCCCGGAUUCCCAGGACAGCCAGGACAGCCAGGCAAACCAGGACAACCCGGAUUCCCAGGACAGCCAGGACAACCAGGUCAGCCCGGAUACCCCGGCCAGCCAGGACAACCAGGUCAAUCUGGUGGCCCAGGACAGCCAGGACAGCCUGGAUACCCAGGACAGCCAGGACAGCCAGGCAAACCAGGACAACCCGGAUACCCAGGACAGCCAGGACAACCAGGUCAAUCUGGUGGCCCAGGACAGCCAGGACAACCCGGAUACCCAGGACAACCAGGACAGCCAGGCAAACCAGGACAACCCGGAUUCCCAGGAGAGCCAGGACAACCAGGUCAAUCGGGUGGCCCAGGACAGCCAGGACAGCCCGGAUACCCAGGACAACCAGGACAACCCGGUCAAUCUGGUGGUCCGGGACAACCCGGAUACCCAGGACAAACAGGACAACCAGGAUUCCCAGGACAACCAGGACAGCCAGGCAAACCAGGACAACCCGGAUACCCUGGACAGCCAGGACAACCAGGCAAACCAGGACAACCCGGAUACCCAGGACAGCCAGGACAACCAGGUCAAUCUGGUGGCCCAGGACAGCCGGGACAACCUGGAUACCCAGGACAGCCCGGACAGCCAGGCAAACCAGGACAACCCGGAUACCCUGGACAGCCAGGACAACCAGGUCAGCCCGGAUACCCCGGCCAGCCAGGACAACCAGGUGGUGCAGGACAGCCAGGCAAACCAGGACAACCCGGAUACCCAGGACAACCAGGACAACCCGGUCAAUCUGGUGGUCCGGGACAACCCGGAUACCCAGGACAAACAGGUCAGCCCGGAUACCCCGGCCAGCCAGGACAACCAGGUGGUGCAGGACAGCCAGGCAAACCAGGACAACCCGGAUUCCCAGGACAACCAGGACAGCCAGGCAAACCAGGACAACCCGGAUUCCCUGGACAGCCAGGACAACCAGGUCAGCCCGGACACCCCGGCCAGCCAGGACAACCAGGUCAAUCUGGUGGUCCAGGACAACCUGAAUACCCAGGACAACCAGGACAGGCAGGCAAACCAGGACAACCUGGAUUCCCAGGACAGCCAGGACAACCAGGUCAAUCUGGUGGCCCAGGACAGCCAGGACAACCCGGAUUCCCAGGACAACCAGGUCAAUCUGGUGGGCCAGGACAGCCAGGACAACCCGGAUUCCCAGGACAGCCAGGUCAAUCUGGUGGCCCAGGACAGCCAGGACAACCCGGAUACCCUGGACAACCAGGACAACCCGGUCAAUCUGGUGGUCCGGGACAGCCCGGAUUCCCAGGACAGCCAGGUCAAUCUGGUGGCCCAGGACAGCCAGGACAACCCGGAUACCCUGGACAACCAGGACAACCCGGAUACCCAGGACAACCAGGACAGCCAGGUCAAUCUGGUGGCCCAGGACAGUCCGGAUUCCCAGGACAGCCAGGACAGCCAGGCAAACCAGGACAACCCGGAUUCCCAGGACAGCCAGGUCAAUCUGGUGGCCCAGGACAGCCAGGACAACCCGGAUACCCUGGACAACCAGUACAACCCGGAUACCCAGGACAAACAGGACAACCCGGAUACCCUGGACAGCCAGGACAACCAGGUCAGCCCGGAUACCCCGGCCAGCCAGGACAACCAGGUGGUGCAGGACAGCCAGGCAAACCAGGACAACCCGGAUACCCAGGACAACCAGGACAACCCGGUCAAUCUGGUGGUCCGGGACAGCCCGGAUUCCCAGGACAACCAGGUCAAUCUGGUGGCCCAGGACAGCCAGGCAAACCAGGACAACCCGGAUUCCCAGGACAGCCAGGUCAAUCUGGUGGCCCAGGACAGCCCGGAUUCCCAGGACAGCCAGGACAACCCGGAUACCCAGGACAACCAGGACAGCCAGGUCAAUCUGGUGGCCCAGGACAGUCCGGAUUCCCAGGACAGCCAGGACAGCCAGGCAAACCACCCGGAUACCCAGGACAAACAGGACAACCCGGAUUCCCUGGACAGCCAGGACAACCAGGUCAGCCCGGAUACCCCGGCCAGCCAGGACAACCAGGUCAGCCCGGAUACCCCGGCCAGCCAGGACAACCAGGUGGUGCAGGACAGCCAGGCAAACCAGGACAACCCGGAUACCCAGGACAACCAGGACAACCCGGUCAAUCUGGUGGUCCGGGACAGCCCGGAUACCCAGGACAACCAGGUCAAUCUGGUGGCCCAGGACAGCCAGGCAAACCAGGACAACCCGGAUUCCCAGGACAGCCAGGUCAAUCUGGUGGCCCAGGACAGCCAGGACAACCCGGAUACCCUGGACAACCAGGACAACCCGGAUACCCAGGACAAACAGGACAACCCGGAUACCCUGGACAGCCAGGACAACCAGGUCAGUCCGGAUACCCCGGCCAGCCAGGACAACCAGGUGGUGCAGGACAGCCAGGCAAACCAGGACAACCAGGACAACCCGGUCAAUCUGGUGGCCCAGGACAGCCAGGCAAACCAGGACAACCCGGAUUCCCAGGACAGCCAGGUCAAUCUGGUGGCCCAGGACAGCCCGGAUUCCCAGGACAGCCAGGACAGCCAGGCAAACCAGGACAACCCGGAUACCCAGGACAACCAGGACAACCAGGUCAAUCUGGUGGCCCAGGACAGCCAGGACAACCCGGAUACCCUGGACAACCAGGACAACCCGGUCAAUCUGGUGGUCCGGGACAGCCCGGAUUCCCAGGACAGCCAGGUCAAUCUGGUGGCCCAGGACAGCCAGGACAACCCGGAUACCCUGGACAACCAGGACAACCCGGAUACCCAGGACAACCAGGACAGCCAGGUCAAUCUGGUGGCCCAGGACAGUCCGGAUUCCCAGGACAGCCAGGACAGCCAGGCAAACCAGGACAACCCGGAUACCCAGGACAAACAGGACAACCCGGAUUCCCUGGACAGCCAGGACAACAAGGUCAGCCUGGAUACCCCGGCCAGCCAGGACAACCAGGACAACCAGGACAACCCGGUCAAUCUGGUGGUCCGGGACAGCCCGGAUUCCCAGGACAGCCAGGACAGCCCGGAUUCCCAGGACAGCCAGGACAGCCAGGCAAACCAGGACAACCCGGAUACCCAGGACAACCAGGUCAAUCUGGUGGCCCAGGACAGCCAGGACAACCCGGAUACCCUGGACAACCAGGACAACCCGGAUACCCAGGACAACCAGGACAACCCGGUCAAUCUGGUGGUCCGGGACAACCCGGAUUCCCAGGACAGCCAGGCAAACCAGGACAACCCGGUUUUCCAGGACAGCCAGGGCAACCAGGUCAAUCUGGUGGCCCAGAACAGCCAGGACAACCUGGAUACCCAGGACAACCAGGACAGCCCGGUCAAACUGGUGGUCCGGGACAACCCGGAUUCCCAGGACAGCCAGGACAACCCGGAUACCCAGGACAACUAGGACAACCCGGUCAAUCUGGUGGCCCAGGACAACCAGGACAGCCAGACAAACCAGAACAACCUGGACAACCAGGACAAUCUGGAUACCCAGGGCAGCCAGGACAACCAGGAAAACCGGGACAACCCGGAUACCCAGGACAACCAGGACAAUCAGGACAAUCUGGUCAACCUGCCGGGACUGGAGUACAACCGCCUGCCUAUCCUUCAGGAGGUCAAAUGCCACCAUUCCCGAUUUUCGUUAUACCAUACCCGUUACCAAUCGUACCGAGUCCCGGAUCCUGCCCGUGCUACCUCUUAAACCCUGGCAAUAACAGUACCGCUGUGUCUCAAACACCAUCAUAUCAGAACGGUUAUAAUCAAGGCUACACACCUUAUGGAAUCAUUGGCUUCAUUCCAGUCGUAUUUGUGCCUUACUGCCCUGGAAACAGUAGCGACAUGCAGACAGCUCAACAAAGCUUCCCCAACGCAGUACCCGUUCCAUACAACUGCGCUCAAUGCCAGGCUAACCGUGACGCGUACAAAUAUCUCGGCAGACUCAACGGCGGACGUAGUGUCAAUUUAGAUGAAUUGAAGGAAAUCAAAUCAUUGCCAGAACUAGAAAAUCUACUAAAAAAUGAAAUUAAACCUCCAAGAAAAAGCUUGAAAAGGAUAGCGGUGCACGCGAGAGUCCUUGACAACGUAACAAACGAAAAGAAACUAAAGAAGACAAUUAAAGUCUCUGAAAUCUUGAGUUAGGUAUGGAUUUUGUACUCAUUGUGAUUAAUAGCGAAAUAUGAUUCAAAAUUUUGAGAACGUCCGACAGAAUCUUGGACGAUUUCGAAAUUUAGACUUAGGUCGAGGUACACUAAAAUAAUAUUUAUUUAUAGCACAAUAAAAAAAAUGUACGUACAAUAUGAGCCAGUAUUUAAUUUUUGCAUUUUGUAUUGUACCAAAUUGUACCUACCGGUACCGACUCAACGCAUGAUACUUACGCAUUUUAAGAUAUUUUUGUAUUUUGA